CACGCGUUGGGUGGAGCUGUAGUUAAUAAGAAAGAGGCGGGGUUGUGAAAAUCAACCCUUUGACUAGCUAGCUGACAUCUAAUACAAUGACCACUGACAAGGCCUUACAGAAAAUGAACCCUUUAUGUGGCAACGUUGUCUUUUGAUGCUUCUUGUCUUGAGACACAUAUGAACGUGCUUAACAUUGUUAAGAGGAACUUGGUCACAGUGUGGAUAUCUAAAAAUUAAAAAAAACGAUUGUGAUGUAAUGUCCUUUCCAUCAACUUCCUGUUCGUGUUACGAAAUAAGCAGUGAAGAAGGGAUGUGAUGUUGAGUUUGGGCCUCACAGACUUGAUUGAAAAACGAACCAAGUUGGAACAUUAUGGAGAGCUUCAUUGAGGAUUCAUCUGUGGAUCAAGCUCCUACACAUGCGUAUGAAAAUGUGACAGCCGACCAGGACAACGGAGACAGCUCAGGAUCAGCUCAGCACUCAAGGAGAAGAGUCUACAGAUUAGUUGCCGUGGGUUUUGGGUUGCUGUGUGUCCUACAAGUCAUUCUUAACGUCUCCCUGCGUUUAGUCGACAACCUGAGCGAAGGGAGAAACCAGUUGGUAUGUGAGAAAGACGUCCGUAACAUAUGUCCCCAAGACUGGAUAAUACAGUCCAGAUGCAGUUGUUAUUUCAUCUCCCUUGACACUAAAAACUGGACCGAGAGCAGACAGGACUGUCUGGACAGAGGAGCAGACCUGGUGAUCAUAAACAGCAGAGAGGAACAAGUUUUCAUCAAAACAUUGGGCCACAGAACCUGGAUCGGUCUGACUGACCGAGAAGUUGAGGGAACCUGGAGAUGGGUGGACGGGAACCCACUGACCGCAAGUUACUGGACUAGAACCGAAGAACCGAAUGGAGGAGCUGAAGAGAACUGUGCUGAGAUUAUCGGCAUUCACAAUGACCCGGUAUUGGCCUGGAACGAUCAAUCAUGUUACUCUGAACAGCGUUGGAUCUGUGAAAGGUCGUUGGUUCUGUGAGAGGUUGUUGGUUCUGUGAGAGAUUGUUGGUUCUGUGAGAGAUUGUUGGAUAUGUGAAAGGUCGUUGGUUCUGUGAGAGGUCGUUGGUUCUGUGAGAGGUUGUUGGUUCUGUGAGAGAUUGUUGGUUCUGUGAGAGAUUGUUGGAUCUGUGAGAGGUCGUUGGUUCUGUGAGAGAUUGUUGGAUCUGUGAGAGAUUGUUGGAUCUGUGAAAGGCCAUUGGUUCUGUGAGAGAUUGUUGGAUCUGUGAGAGAUUGUUGGUUCUGUGAGAGAUUGUUGGUUCUGUGAGAGAUUGUUGGAUCUGUGAGAGAUUGUUGGAUCUGUGAGAGAUUGUUGGAUCUGUGAGAGAUUGUUGGAUCUGUGAGAGGUCGUUGGAUCUGUGAGAGGUCGUUGGUUCUGUGAGAGGUCGUUGGUUCUGUGAGAGAUCGUUGGUUCUGUGAGAGGUAGUUGGUUCUGUGAGAGAUUGCUGGUUCUGUGAGAGGUAGUUGGAUCUGUGAGAGAUCGUUGGUUCUGUGAGAGGUCGUUGGUUCUGUGAGAUUCAGCCCUAACAUGUCCCUAACACCUACAAUAGUAUCCACAUCCCAACCACCAAACAACAUUAUCUUAAGCAAUUAAUUUUCCGACAAUUAAUUUAGGGAAAAGCAGGUUCCGCAUUUAUAAAAGUAUUGCAAUUGUUUUCUCUCUCGUUUGUCUCCUUCUCACAGUUCCAUCGCUUUGUUCCUCCCCCCCCUAUGCUCAUGUAACACGUGUUGAAUUUCAUGUUGCAUAAUGACCCAGAAUCUGAAUAGUUCCAUGAAAAUCAUAAUCAAUCCUAUAUGUUAAAACACUUCUCAGAAGUUUAUAUGUUCACUGGAUAGUGUUUUCUAAUGGUCUCCCAACAUUAUAUUGUGAUAUGUAUGCAUUUCAGUCAUUUAUGAACUUAUCUGUUGAUUUGUGAACACUGUACUGUACAUUUUACUCAGGGGCCACAGCUUUCACUGGGGACAGGGGGGGGGGGGGACAUGUCCCCCCACCCAGUUUUAUUAUUGGAAUGUGAUAUAAAACGAGGCAGCGGUGUGCUUUAGGACCAUGCAGAUGCCUCCGAGCGGUCGGGUUGGCUGUUUGGAGUGUUUAUCCAACUGAAUAAAACAAUUUAAAACAUUUCUUUUUUUUAAAGUUAUGCCCCUCCCACUUCUAAAACCAAAGUUGCGCUCCCCUGAUUUUACUACACGUCGUCAUUGGGCUAGCACGGCUAUUCAUGCCCCCCUUUCGUUGUUCAUUUGUACUUUACAGAGGAUGUAUUGCAUUAGGGCAGCACAACAUUUGUUUUUGGAAGUUGUCAUUGUCAUUAUCAGCUAUGUCAUGUGUUUUUGUUAAGAUAUUUUGACAAUAUUUUACUGUUCCGCAAGAGCACAUCAUGUACUGUAAUGUGGCUGUAAUUACGAACGUUGUCUGGCUGAGGCCUAUAGGCUACUGGAUAUUUACAUUUAAAACUGUAUAUUUCAUUUGUAAUUACAUUUUUAUGUCAAACAACAUUAUUGUUUAUUGGAGUGUCGAGAACAAGUUGUACUGAUGUAGAUACAGUGGUGGAUUAGAACAAACAAUCCAACCAUCUAGAUACAGUGGUGGAUUAGAACAAACUACCCAACCAUCUAGAUACAGUGGUGGAUUAGAACAAACGACCCAACCAUCUAGAUACAGUGGUGGAUUAGAACAAACGACCCAACCAUCUAGAUACAGUGGUGGAUUAGAACAAACUACCCAACCAUCUAGAUACAGUGAUGGAUUAGAACAAACAACCCAACCAUCUAGAUACAGUGGUGGAUUAGAACAAACUACCCAACCAUCUAGAUACAGUGAUGGAUUAGAACAAACAACCCAACCAUCUAGAUACAGUGGUGGAUUAGAACAAACGACCCAACCAUCUAGAUACAGUGGUGGAUUAGAACAAACAACCCAACCAUCUAGAUACAGUGGUGGAUUAGAACAAACGACCCAACCAUCUAGAUACAGUGAUGGAUUAGAACAAACAACCCAACCAUCUAGAUACAGUGGUGGAUUAGAACAAACUACCCAACCAUCUAGAUACAGUGAUGGAUUAGAACAAACAACCCAACCAUCUAGAUACAGUGGUGGAUUAGAACAAACGACCCAACCAUCUAGAUACAGUGGUGGAUUAGAACAAACGACCCAACCAUCUAGAUACAGUGGUGGAUUAGAACAAACGACCCAACCAUCUAGAUACAGUGGUGGAUUAGAACAAACAACCCAACCAUCUAGAUACAGUGGUGGAUUAGAACAAACGACCCAACCAUCUAGAUACAGUGGUGGAUUAGAACAAACAAUCCAACCAUCUAGAUACAGUGGUGGAUUAGAACAAACGACCCAACCAUCUAGAUACAGUGGUGGAUUAGAACAAACUACCCAACCAUCUAGAUACAGUGGUGGAUUAGAACAAACGACCCAACCAUCUAGAUACAGUGGUGGAUUAGAACAAACAACCCAACCAUCUAGAUACAGUGGUGGAUUAGAACAAACGACCCAACCAUCUAGAUACAGUGAUGGAUUAGAACAAACAACCCAACCAUCUAGAUACAGUGGUGGAUUAGAACAAACUACCCAACCAUCUAGAUACAGUGAUGGAUUAGAACAAACAACCCAACCAUCUAGAUACAGUGGUGGAUUAGAACAAACGACCCAACCAUCUAGAUACAGUGGUGGAUUAGAACAAACAACCCAACCAUCUAGAUACAGUGGUGGAUUAGAACAAACGACCCAACCAUCUAGAUACAGUGAUGGAUUAGAACAAACAAUCCAACCAUCUAGAUACAGUGGUGGAUUAGAACAAACAACCCAACCAUCUAGAUACAGUGAUGGAUUAGAACAAACAACCCAACCAUCUAGAUACAGUGAUGGAUUAGAACAAACAACCCAACCAUCUAGAUACAGUGGUGGAUUAGAACAAACAACCCAACCAUCUAGAUACAGUGAUGGAUUAGAACAAACAACCCAACCAUCUAGAUACAGUGGUGGAUUAGAACAAACAACCCAACCAUCUAGAUACAGUGAUGGAUUAGAACAAACAACCCAACCAUCUAGAUACAGUGGUGGAUUAGAACAAACAACCCAACCAUCUAGAUACAGUGGUGACGGCAUAUUAUAUUAUUAUUGUAUUAUUACGCUUGUGUCUGUUUUUUUUUUAAAUCAACGUAUCCCUUUCCAGUUUAAAUUUCUCUUUGGACAAAGUGAAGUGUGUGGCUUUUCACUUUUUCCAACUUUUGUACUCGCUUGCAACUUGAAUAAAAAACACGCUUACAAAUGAA